AUGAAGGAAGUUGUCAUUAGUGAAACUCCUAAAAGGAUCAGUGGUUUAGAGUUCAGUGCCUUAAGUACAUCUGAUAUCAUUGCCCAAUCUGAAGUCGAAAUAUCCACUCGUGAUUUGUUUGAUUUAGAAAAUGGUCGUGCUCCAAUAGAAGGCGGUGCUUUAGAUCCAAAGAUGGGUGUUUCAUCCUCUACUUUAGAAUGUAGUACCUGUCAUGGUAAUCUAGCAUCCUGUCAUGGUCAUUUUGGUCAUAUCAAAUUGUCAUUGCCAGUAUUUCAUGUGGGUUACUUCAAAGCUACCAUUCAAAUCUUACAAGGUGUUUGUAAAAGUUGUUCUGCUAUAUUACUAAAUGAUACGGAUAAAAGACAUUUUUUACAUGAAUUGCGUAAACCUGAUAUUGAUAAUCUAAAGAGAAUGAGCAUUUUAAAGAAAAUUUUAGACCAAUGUAAAAAACAAAGAAGAUGUUUAGAAUGUGGUGACUUAAAUGGUGUAGUGAAGAGAGCUGCUACUGGUUCUGGUUCUGCAUCUUUAAAAAUUAUACAUGAUACAUUCCGUUGGGUAGGUAAAAAAAAUGUACCAGAAAAGGAUAAGUGGAUUGGCGAUUGGAACCAAGUAUUGACCAAUAACCCAGAAUUAGAAAAGUUUAUUAAAAGAUGUACAGAUGAUUUAAAUCCAUUGAAAACUUUAAAUUUAUUUAAACAGAUCAAAAAUGAAGAUUGUGAAUUAUUAGGUAUAGAUUCUACAGUAGCAUCUGGUAGACCAGAAACAUAUAUCUGGAGAUAUUUACCGGCACCACCGGUCUGUAUUAGACCAUCAGUUAUGAUGCAAGAUUCUUCUGCAUCCAAUGAAGAUGAUUUAACUGUAAAAUUGACAGAAAUUGUGUGGACUUCGUCUUUAAUAAAAGCUGGUCUAGAAAAAGGUAUUUCAAUUAACAAUAUGAUGGAGCAUUGGGACUACUUACAAUUGUCUGUUGCUAUGUAUAUAAACUCAGAUUCAGUGAAUUUAUUAGUUAUGCCAGGUUCUAAUGGUGGAACUAAGGCAAAACCUAUAAGGGGUUUCUGUCAACGUUUGAAAGGUAAACAAGGUAGAUUUAGAGGUAACUUGUCAGGUAAGCGUGUAGAUUUCUCUGGUAGAACAGUCAUUUCACCAGAUCCAAAUCUAUCAAUCGAUGAAGUUGCAGUCCCAGAACUUGUUGCUAAAGUGCUUACAUAUCCAGAAAAGGUUACUCGUUAUAAUAAAACAAAAUUACAAAAACUGGUUAUGAACGGUCCUAAUGUUCAUCCAGGUGCAAAUUAUUUGUUAAAAUCUAACGAGGAAGCAAGAAGAAAUUUAAGAUACGGUAAUAGAGAUAAAUUAGCUAAACAGCUUCGUAUUGGUGACAUCGUUGAGAGACAUUUAGAAGAUGGUGAUAUCGUGUUAUUUAAUCGUCAACCUUCAUUGCAUAGGUUAUCUAUUUUAUCACAUUUUGCUAAAAUUCGUCCUUGGAGAACUUUCAGGUUAAAUGAAUGUGUUUGUACACCAUACAACGCAGAUUUUGAUGGUGAUGAAAUGAAUUUGCUAUGUUACCAACAAACAGAAGAAGCAAGAGCCGAAGCAAUUAAUUUAAUGGGUGUUAAGAAUAACCUACUAACUCCAAAAUCUGGUGAGCCUAUUAUUGCCGCAACGCAAGAUUUUAUCACUGGUUCUUAUCUAAUUUCUCAUAAAGAUUCAUUUUUCGAUAGAGCUACAUUAACACAACUACUUUCUAUGAUGUCUGAUGCCAAUUUAAAGUUUGAUAUACCACCUCCGGCUAUAUUUAAACCUCAAUGUCUAUGGACAGGUAAACAAAUAUUUUCUUUAUUGAUUAAACCGAACAAGGAAUCACCAGUUGUUAUUAACCUGGAUGCUAAAAAUAAAGUUUAUAUUCCGCCUCAGAAUAAAUCAUGGCCCAGUGAAAUGUCCCCUAACGAUGGUUAUGUUAUUAUUAGAGGUUCUGAAAUAUUAUCUGGUGUAAUGGAUAAAUCUGUGUUAGGUGAUGGUAAAAAACACUCGGUAUUCUAUACAAUUUUAAGAGAUUACGGUCCUCAAGAGUCAGCCAAUGCAAUGAAUAGAAUGGCAAAAUUAUGUGCUCGUUAUUUGGGUAAUAGAGGUUUCUCUAUUGGUAUCAGUGACGUCACUCCUGGUGAAGAAUUAAAAUUGAAAAAAGAAGAUCUAGUUGAAAUUGCUUACAAAAAGUGUGACGAAUUAAUUAUUCAAUAUAAUAAGGGUGAGUUAGAAACCCAACCCGGUUGUAACGAAGAACAGACUCUAGAAGCUAAAAUUGGUGGUUUGUUAUCAAAAGUUAGAGAAGAAGUUGGUGACGUUUGUAUCAAUGAAUUGGAUAAUCUAAACGCUCCUUUGAUCAUGGCAACAUGUGGUUCAAAAGGUUCUAAUUUGAAUGUUUCUCAAAUGGUAGCUGUUGUAGGUCAACAAAUUAUUUCUGGUAAUCGUGUUCCGGAUGGUUUCCAAGAUCGUUCAUUACCACAUUUUGAAAAGAACUCUAAAACUCCUCAAUCAAAAGGUUUUGUCAGAAACUCAUUUUUUACUGGUUUAACUCCGCCAGAAUUUUUAUUUCACGCAAUUUCUGGUCGUGAAGGUUUAGUCGAUACUGCAGUUAAAACUGCAGAAACAGGUUAUAUGUCUCGUAGAUUAAUGAAAUCAUUAGAAGACUUAUCCUGUCAAUACGAUAAUACAAUCAGAACAUCAUCCAAUGGUAUAGUUCAGUUUACUUACGGUGGUGAUGGUUUAGAUCCAUUGGAUAUGGAAGGUAAUGCUAAGCCAGUCAACUUUAAGAGAACAUGGGAUCAUGCAAGUAACAUUACAUUUGAUUUUAAUGCCAAGGGAUUAUUACCAUAUCAAAUUAUAAAGCAAACUAAUCUAAUACUCCAACCACUUGAAAAUGCACUGGUCAGAUAUAACAAUGUAGGAAAACCUUUAUCCAAAAAGGAUUAUCAUAAGGAUGAAUAUGUUGAUCAACUAGAUGCUAAAAGAGAUUUUUAUGCUUCAAUUAGAGAAUAUAUGGUGGAAAAGGCUGAACAAUUAGCAAAAAUUAGAAAGGCUAGAUCUCUAAAAGAAUUAAUUUCUGAACCAGCAGAAGAAUUGCAGCAUAUAGAUUUCGAUGAAAAUAUACCUUCUAAUGUUAGAGAGGUUGUGGAUAAACUAUGUAAAAUUUCAGAGGCAAAUGUCAAGAAAUUUUUGGAAAUAGCAAUUUCCAAAUAUCAUAGAGCCAAGGUCGAACCUGGUACGGCAGUUGGUGCAAUUGGUGCACAAUCUAUUGGUGAACCAGGUACCCAAAUGACUUUGAAGACUUUCCAUUUUGCAGGUGUUGCUUCUAUGAAUGUGACAUUAGGUGUUCCUCGUAUUAAGGAAAUUAUUAAUGCCUCUAAAACAAUUUCAACCCCAAUUAUCAAGGCUGUUCUUGUUAACGACUCUGAUAGAAGAGCCGCAAGAGUUGUUAAAGGUAGAAUUGAAAAGACAUUACUAUCAGACGUUGCAUACUAUAUUGAGGAUGUUUAUAGAGAUAAUAGAACAUUUAUUAGAAUUAAAAUUGAUUUGUCUACAAUUGAGAAGCUUCAAUUGGAAUUAACAAUAGAGGAUAUUGCAAUUGCAAUUUCAAAGGCUCCGAAAUUAAAAAUCGAUAGCUCUAAUAUACAUAUUGUGGGUAAUGAUAAAAUUGCAAUCGAUGUGUUUGAAGAAGCUUCCAAAUCAAUUUCGACAUCAUUAAAGGAAUCUUCAGAAAAUACUGUAUUUUAUAAGAUGCAAACAUUACGUAGAGCUUUACCUGAUGUUGUUGUUAAAGGUUUAGCAGACAUAUCAAGAGCGGUUAUUAAUAUCAAGGAUGAUAGUAAAACUGAAUUGCUGGUUGAAGGUUAUGGUUUAAGAGAUGUUAUGUGUACUGAUGGUGUUAUUGGUACUAAAACGUCAACCAAUCAUAUUUUGGAAAUUUUCAAUGUCCUUGGUAUAGAGGCAGCUAGAUCCAGUAUUGUGGGAGAAAUUGACUAUACUAUGAGUAAUCACGGUAUGAGUGUUGACCCUCGUCAUAUUCAAUUAUUAGGCGAUGUGAUGACAUUUAAAGGUGAAGUGUUAGGUAUUACGAGAUUUGGUUUAAGUAAAAUGAGAGACUCUGUACUACAAUUGGCUUCGUUUGAAAAGACUACCGAUCAUUUAUUUGAUGCUGCAUUCUACAUGAAGAAAGAUGAAGUAAAAGGUGUCUCUGAAUGUAUUAUUUUGGGCCAAACAAUGUCAAUUGGUACAGGUUCAUUUAACGUUGUGAAACACACUGUUGUUUCUCCAGAACAAGUUAAACCAAAAAGAACUUUAUUUGAGAGCUUGGUUAGCUCAAAUGACCAUAAUAAAUUAAAUUGA